AUGACCGGCCCAAAGGCUUACCUCGUCUACUCCAGCAGCGUGGCAGCUGGCGCCCAGAGUGGUAUUGAAGAAUGUAAAUACCAGUUUGCUUGGGACCGCUGGAACUGCCCUGAGAGAGCUCUGCAGCUGUCCAGCCACGGCGGACUCCGUAGUGCUAACCGGGAGACAGCGUUUGUACACGCCAUCAGCUCUGCUGGAGUCAUGUACACCCUGACGAGAAACUGCAGCCUUGGAGAUUUUGACAACUGUGGCUGUGAUGACUCCCGAAAUGGACAACUGGGAGGGCAAGGCUGGCUCUGGGGAGGCUGCAGUGACAACGUGGGCUUCGGAGAGGCAAUUUCCAAGCAGUUUGUGGAUGCCCUGGAGACAGGACAGGAUGCCCGGGCAGCCAUGAAUCUACACAACAAUGAGGCUGGCCGCAAGGCGGUCAAGGGCACCAUGAAACGCACGUGCAAGUGCCACGGCGUGUCUGGCAGCUGCACCACGCAGACCUGCUGGUUGCAGCUGCCGGAGUUCCGGGAGGUAGGCGCGCACCUGAAGGAGAAGUAUCACGCGGCGCUCAAGGUGGACCUGCUCCAGGGCGCGGGCAACAGCGCGGCGGGCCGUGGCGCCAUCGCCGACACCUUCCGCUCCAUCUCCACGCGCGAGCUGGUGCACCUAGAGGACUCCCCCGACUACUGCCUGGAGAACAAGACCCUGGGGCUGCAAGGCACCGAGGGCCGAGAGUGUCUGCGGCGCGGGCGUGCCCUGGGCCGCUGGGAGCGGCGCAGCUGUCGCCGGCUGUGCGGAGACUGCGGGCUGGCGGUGGAGGAGCGCCGCACCGAGACGGUGUCCAGCUGCAACUGCAAGUUUCACUGGUGCUGCGCGGUCCGCUGCGAGCAGUGCCGCCGGCGGGUCACCAAGUACUUCUGCAGCCGUGCCUUGGGCAAGGCUCAAGCCUAG